AUGGCAGGGACUCGAGCCUUUCAUCCUGAUCCUGUAGAGGAGGAGGAGCGCGAGCGGAUCCGCGAUUUAUCGAGGUAUUACUGUACAGUAACACGGUCACUAGCAACGACAGAUGCAGGGGAUGAGGAUAGCCUGGCUGCACCACAAGGGGACGAGCAGCCGGCGAGCUGCGAGCUUGCCCAGGAUAUCACCCUGACCGCUCUGGCGCAACUCGGCGUGCAUCGUUUUAACUGCAACCGAUCCUUUGUUUCGAUCAUAGACGGCGAACUUCAGCAUAUCAUUGCCGAAGCCACGGCGUCGGUUUCUCUACGCGACAAGAACCGGCAUCUACCCGACGAUGGCAUCUACCUCGGAGCACGGUCUCUCGAUCUGAUGUGGGGCGUGUGUCCCCAUACGAUCCGAUUGUUCACAGGGCGCGAACCAAACGAUAUAGAAUCGGGCAAUGUGACAGCAAACCGCACUCGCUACAUUAUUCGAGAUUUCCGUGCGGAGGACUGCUUCAAGGACCGACCAUAUGUUCGAGAAUGGCCGUUCAUGCGGUUCUAUGCCGAGGUCCCUCUCUACAGCGCCACGGGUUAUGUGCUGGGCUCUUAUUGUGUGGUAGACGACGAACCACGCACAGUGUUUGGCGAUUCAGAUGUUAGAGAUCUCCAAGAAGUUGCUGAUGCUAUUGGCCAGCACUUGGAGAAUGUUCGAAUUGCCCAGGCCCAUAUUCGCGCCGAGAAAUUGGUCAAGGGCCUGACCAGCUUUGUGAAAGAACAUGCAGAUUUUGAUCCAACAGAGGUCUCGAAUAAUGGUCUCCUUCAAUCAAGUGUCAGUGCGGCCAACAUGUCACCAAAAGCGAAAUCGGAGAGCGGCGAGAAACCGGUUCCUUCCACGCCGCCGGGUGACAUAGACGCCCCCAAGGUCGAUAUUCACAGCCCCGAACAAUCACCCACAUCAACUAUCACACAAACUUCCAGACAAGCAUCUUCGUCAACUGUUACUGUAGAGGAAUCUAUGUUUUUCUUGCAAGACCAAUUAUCGGCGACCGAUCCCUCUCUAUAUUCAGGCGUUUCUGAUCGGCCGAUAUCUUUGAGCCCUGGAGAAGAAAAGACGCUUGGAGAUGUCUUGGACCCAGAGGAUUCAGUCACUGCAGACGCGACCCCUGUUCAAAACAUCGAAAGGGACUUUUCGCUGUCAUCAUUAACCGAUAAACGUCCUGUGUCGGAACGUGUUGCAGCAAUUUAUUCUCGUGCAAGUCUUUUGCUUCGGGAGUCCAUGGAUUUAGAUGGAGUCGCGUUUCUCGAUGCUUGCCCGACAAACUUUGCGUUCGCGCCAGAAGAACCCGAUAAGUGGGAGCCUUUACGACCAACACCUGACACAGACUUCCCAAUGGCGCCGCUUCCCAGUCCGCUUGGUCUGCCGAAUGUUGUCUCUCAUGAAUUCGAUGAGCCGUGCGAUACGUUAAGUUGCGCCAUUAAAACAACACCAAAAGGAGACGCGAGCUUAGGCCGUCCGCCUAUCAUACGAAAGGGACUGCUGCAUCGACUUCUCAGAGCCUACCCUCAAGGUCAAAUUCUGAGUCUCGAAGAUGCGAUCGUGGGUUCCAGAGAGGACUACCUGUCGUCUUCCUACAAUGAAACUUUACAAUCUGGACCAGAGUCAUUCAAAACACAGUCUAUUACAAAUGAACUCGCGAAACGUCUUCCUGGUGCCAAAUGCGCUCUCUUUCUUCCUUUGUGGGACUGGAACAAGUUCCGCUGGCUGUCUGGAAUCCUAGUAUGGACCACAAGCAGCUACCGGGCACUUGGCCUAGAGGAACUGCACUAUUUUAAAGUUUUUGGCGAUUCCAUCAUCUCGGAGAUUUGUCGGAUCCACUGGGCCAGCACCGAGAAAUCAAAAUUCGACUUUAUCUCCUCGGUCAGCCACGAGCUUCGUUCGCCGCUGCAUGGCAUCUUGGCGAGUGCUGAAUUACUCCACGGAACUUCUCUUGGCUCAGCCCAGGAGGAAAUGGUGGGCAUGAUUGAAAGCUCUGGGUUGACAUUACUCGACACGACGAAUCACAUGUUGGAUUUCUGCAAGAUUAACAAUCUUAGACAGACAAAUCGACUCAAUGUGACCGCCGCCGAUGGUGAAACAGUGACUCUUGUCUCUGAUUUCGACAUCAGUCACUUGGUCGAAGAAGUUGCAAACAUUCUGUAUACUGGACAGAGGGCCUCCGAACAUGUUGCAACUACUAGAGAGCGGAGGUCUUCAAGCGUGAAUUCAGGUCAUCUAAGCAACCUUCAUUUCGGCCACCAGGACCAGAUGUCAGUUGUUGUUCGAAUCGACCACUCGGAUGCCUGGAGGAUUCGGUCUCUGGCGGGUGCCUGGAGAAGGAUUGUCAUGAACCUUCUGGGGAAUGCCAUGAAAUGGACCUCCGCUGGGUUCAUCGAGGUGGCGCUAUCAAAGAUGAAGGGUCGAUGCGACAAGUUACCGCUGAUACACCUAUCUAUUACUGAUACCGGCCGUGGGAUUGCGGCGGACUUUAUCAAACACAAGCUAUUUACCCCCUUUUCCCAAGAGGACCCACUAACAGAAGGCGUCGGGCUGGGACUUAGCACCGUCCAUCAAUUGGUUACGUCUCUCGGGGGCCACAUCAAUGUGAGGAGCGAGGUUGGAAUUGGGACACAAGCCGAUGUUUAUAUUCCUGUGCAGUAUUUGGAAGCUCGCCCAGACUGGGAUAUCACACGCGCAUCAUCGACCACAGCCCAAGAAUCGACCGAUUCAAUCCAUGCCUGUUUAGUUGGGUUCAAUGAAUACCCUGACCUGGGAGAGACGCCAACUGGAAUACUCACCGUUGAGGGUAAACGAAAGCUCUCCAUUCAAAGCACCAUUGCCAGUAUCCUCAUGAAACAUCUUAAUUGGAAGAUUUCCCUGGCUGAUACUAUGGAGAAAGCACGCGGCCAAGUAAUCGUCAUUGAGGAAAGAUUACUUCAACGCGCAAUGGAAGAGAACGAGAAACUGGCCUUAGAACUGUCCACGAAGAACAGAUUACACUUCUUCGUUGUACUACUCAGUGGGAAUGUGCCGCUCAUCCCUAAUGAAAGAUUGGUCAACGUCAUUCGAAUAUCUCAGCCUUUCGGUCCACAGAAAAUUUACAAUGCCGCUGAAAAGAUUAUGAAAUGGCGAGAAGUACAAGAGCCACAUAGUUCUCCCAUCCUUGCACCUGGUGCCACCCCCGCGAUCCUUUUUCCUGGCCGGGAAAGGGAGAAAGACACCAACCCGAUGUCUGAUAUGGACGAAAAGAGGUUAUCUCAGCAAACAGUUGAAGCGGCCAGCCCUCCUGGAUCAGCAAUCUCAACUCCGAAGCCAUCUAGCAGAAAGAGCCUUGCACAUGUGCUCAUUGUGGAUGAUAAUGAGAUCAAUGUGAAGAUCCUGGCCACAUUUAUGCGAAAAAUAAGCUGCAGCUUCGACACAGCCUCAAAUGGACUAAUUGCACUGGAGAGAUACAAAAGCUCACUCUACCACUACGACUUCAUUCUAAUGGACAUUUCAAUGCCGGUAAUGGACGGCCUCGUCUCAACUAGUAAAAUCCGCGAAUAUGAAAAAGAAAAUAACCUCACACCAUCGUGCAUCAUGGCCGUCACCGGCGUUUCCUCAACCGGCUUCCAGCAACAAGCAAGUACAGUCGGCAUCGACAAAUACCUUAUCAAACCUACUUCCCUUCACGAGCUCAAACUUCUUAUGAAUAUUGCAUGA